GGAGUUUUAAUUUUUAAUAAUUGCUUUAUCUUGUCAAAAAUUCCACCCCCGUCCCGGUGUUAAAAAAAACUAUGCAACUAUGAUUUCAGUUUAAAAAUCACCGGUUGCUAUUUAAGCGCAACAGUCAGUUGUUGAGGCUCGUGUGUCAUAUCUGAAUUAGAGCGGUCUAGAUGAGAUGUCGUAUGAAAGCCUUCGCCGGAACUAUAUGCAGACUACACGGGUUGAUCUCUCAAAAGCUUUACUGACAGGGAGCAGAAAUCCGUAUCCCCGCGAAACGAACACUUGAUCAUCGAAUUCUUGAUGGUGCAAAAAAGAACAAAGCAUCUAUUUUGACGGCAAAGCUCAGCGUCGUUUAUUGGUCGUUUGACAGAAAAAAAAAUCAAUUUAAUCAACGCUUUUCCGAUCAGUCUCUCUAAGUUAUUUUCAAAACAGGAGGUCUGAAUUUGACGGAAAAACAAGUGGUCGCUGAAAGGACAUCAAGCAAAGAGAUUUGUUUACCUGGGGUGUAGCCAUCUGUUUUCAAAACAUUAAGAUCUUUAUUGAAUCCCACGAUCUGCAGCUGAUAAAGAAAAAAAGUGAUGUGAAACAAGGUUUAAAGAAGCGACGUUGGUUGAAUAAGGUUGGUUGAACGAGGUAUUGCUUGCUACAAGUCAGUCGUCGUUGUUACAGAAGAAUAUAAAACCAAGGUGAAGUUAGGAAAUAGUAAUUUUUAUGGAAAUUGAGGUCGACUAUUCCUACAGACGAAGAAUAAGUAAUAUCAAACGCUGGGAAGUAAUUAAUGCUUUCCAUAGGUGAAUUCGAUUACAAGAAAAAAUAAGGCUUUUUCGAGUGCUCAAGCGGGGGCCAUAACAAAGCCAUAAACAUUGUUCUAAAAUCACUAUACAACAGUUUUAUACUGCAAUCAUACUUGUGACGUCAGACCAGAAUCCUUAUGUGAUUGGUUAAUUUUUUGUAACGAUUCACCAUUGGCGCUUCACCUGUCGAGGGAUAAACACUUAGGCCGUGCUCUUUGAAGAAAGCUACCGAGCCAUUUUCUACAUGAAAAGAAUCUUCAUUGUGACGUUGGGAAAAAUUCUAUCCUUGUCAAUCUUUGCCUGAUAUUGAUGAACAGUUCUCCACAAUAUAUCAACAAUUUCGCAGAAACCCUUUGUGUUUGUUAAGGAAAGUGCUGUAUUUCUGGUAACGACUUCUCGUAGUUUGGCCAUCAGUACUGUCUGUGACUAUGUGAGCAGGACAACGAGGAACAUCAAAUUCGUCAUCAAUUUACGGGAAAAAUCUGUGUUAUUUGAAGAUAGCCGAACUACUUUUCGCAUUGUCAGCUUUUGCUGACUGACUUUGGCUGUAGUCAUGAGAACAGUUUAACAAAUAACACCGCCUAACAACAGUUACAGUUACAGAACUCAGAUAUGAAUGUCUCUGAGCUUGUAGAACCGUACUACGACGUUGACACGGCGCUCAAAGUGGUUCAGAUAACGCUCUACUCAUCAAUCAUCUUAAUUGGGGCCGUGGGUAACGGAAUCAUUUGUUGGACUGUAUUCCGCAACAAACAGCGGCGAAUAAGUGAGUUCCUAAUUGCUAACCUUGCGGUCACGGACCUCGCGACGUGCGUUGUAAGUAUUCCCUUCGACCUUAUCGAGCGCGCGACUGGGGGCUUUCCAUUUGGGUCCAUCAUGUGUUUUAUGGUGUACCCCUUGCAGACUGUACUCAUGGCGGUCUCGGUCAUUACCUUGCUGUGUAUGAGCCUGGAGCGCUAUCGUAUCGUCAUGAGCCCUUUAAGGCCACGCAUGACAGCGCGCAUGGCUAAAAUCUGUAUAGUCAUCGCAUGGAUAGUCCCUGGGAUCGUAAUAACGCCAUACGCGCUCGUCUUGAGGCUUGAAGGUAAACAGUGCUUGGAAAACUGGCCGGAGGAUUGGUACGUGAAGAUUUUCACGCUCUCGAUAUUCGUGCUUUUCUUCGUUAUCCCACUUUUCGCUAUUGGAAUUUCUUACGCGCGCGCUGGAAGGAAAUUACAAAACGAUCUUCUUCGCUUCAAGAAAAUGAGCGAUACGCACUCACGUACGCAUGCGCUGUACCUCCGAAAGCGCGCGCUGCAAAAGCUCCGCAUAACCAAGGUAUUCAUGCUCGCGUUUGUCGUGUUCACAAUUUGCAUGUUUCCGACCCACGUCACCUGGCUAUGGCACGACUUCGGCUCUGGGCGUACGAGUGAUAACUUCUAUAACAUUCUAGUAUUCAGUAGCAUUCUAACGUACAUCAACAGCGCUAUUGAUCCGUUUAUAUUUGGCCGAAUAAGCAUCCCUAAUUUCGGCUCAGAGGCAAGGAGGCCCGAGGGAUUGCAAUGCGUGGAAGGCUGCUGGUGCGUGCUCUAUGUUCUCCGGAUCGACUCGCUGGUUGCUGAGAGACAGAACGCGAUUCGUGUAAAGCGCUCCAUGCGCUCCAGAUCCUCAAGCUCAGGGAAAACGGUUCGCCGAGUAGCGACAAAACGCGCCGGGCUGAUAUCAUACGUAUCAUCGGUAUGACAAAAAGAGUGGGCCCAUCAUAAGGGGCUACCUAUUAGAGGAGAGAAAGAAGCUAUAAACUAAAGGGGUAGUGUCAUUAGUUUUCCGUGGGCCACGGUUUACUCAAUAAUCCACCAUUAGAGGAGAGACAGAAGCUAUCAAUUAAAGGGGUAUUGUCAUGAGUUUUCCUCGUGCCACGGUUACUCAAUAAAACGCCAUUAGAGAAGAGACUGAAGCUAUCCAUUAAAAAGGUAGUAUGAUGUAGUAGUUAACUCCAAAAAAAACUGUGUCGUAUGAGAAGUGACACACGAGGACUGACGGCGGAAGACAUCUUGAAGAAUUCCACUAAAAGUCCUUAUAUCCGACUUGCAUGGCGGUGUAGUUUUGUUUUUAUUUUAAAAACAAAAAACUCUCAUCAUUUUUUUAAAUACAACUUUCCCUGUUUUAUCUGAUAUUUUAGAAAUAGAAUUAAGCUGGUUUUUUUUAGGAUGGAUUGAAAUUCACUUUAAUUCAAACGAAUUAAAUUCACUUUUGAUUCUAGCAUCUUAUUUGCAUAGGUUUUCAUAGCCUACAAAACCAGUCCCGCAAGUCGGAUCGACGAGCAUUAUUAGUGUGUUUUCUGUUGUUGUGGUUAGCGACCGAGUUUGAGGACAAGUUCAGGAUGUUUGCAGAUGUUUUUAUCGCAGCCCCAGACAGAACUAGGCUGCCUGCUACAAAAUCGGGAGGUGCGACAACUCGCGCUACGAAAUUCCCUUCUGUAAACAGGCUUUGGUGCUUGGUUCUUGUGCAAAAUAUCGGGGUAGAUCGCAUGCUAGUCAUGCUCUCCCCUAUCUCGUACAGAAUAGGCGACUAGCACUAAAAAAUCACGUGACUUUUUGGGUUGCAAACUCACGCACGAUUCGGCUUAUAGCAGCAAAUUAACAACAACAAAAAGCAAUUUACUCAGCGCUUACGAAUCAGCCAGAAAGCUUCUUUUUCCGGAAAGGCUUAUUUUCCUUGAAAGAUUGUAUUUGUUCAGUCAUGCGUUUGACACUCAAAAGGUUACGUGCUGAUUUCUUAGUGCAAGUCGUUUAUUGGCUCGGAUGAAUUCGGUCUCAAGUCGUGCUCGGAGAUCCAGCGGUUAUUUGCGGGCGCGCCCCUAAAUGUUUCUUCCGCAGACUUUCGCGACCGAAGAAGGAAACCACUCGAACUUCGAGCAUGAACCUCAAGCAUGGUUGGCCGCCUAGUCCCGGGCGUUCUGAUUGGGUCUCCUGUGGUUGGCCGCCUAGUCCCGGGCGUUCUGAUUGGGUUUCCUGUGGGUGGCCGCCUAGUCCCGGGCGGCUGAUUGGGUUUCCUGUGGCUGGCCGCCUAGUCCUGGGCGGCUGAUUGGGUUUCCUGUGGUUGGUAAGAAUUUUUACGUCACAGGAAACCUUUUCGCUCUCCCCAGUCCAUAUUUCCCCACAGUUGUAUAUGAAAGAGUGUAAAGAAUGAAUAGUGUACCCCAUAGCUUUGGCGAGUAAGUCGUUGCAGAAAGGAAAAUAAAUCCAUAUCAAUCUUG